AUGGCUGAGCCCAUCAUCGUACACGAGCGCGAGCAGGACGACGAAGACGCUGAACGUUACUCCAAGCGGCGCAAGGUCGAGCUGGAAGGCCAGGUCCUUCCCCCCAGUCACAAGCUCCUAGGACUGUCCGCACCCACCGCUAAGAAAGGGGAACAGGUCAACUUCCUCGAAACGGACGUUGGCAUAUCGGAGUACAUCGGCAAGGGCGUAGGCAAAAUUGAGGGCAUCAUCAAACAGAGGUUCACAGACUUCCUUGUCUUUGAGGUGAACCAGGAUGGCGAAGUACAACACCUGAAGUCGCUCGAAAAGCCCAACUCAUUCCCCAAUGGACCUCCCCCCGAUGCGCCUCAGCCCGAGGAGCCUGCCGCGUCGACCUCUGCUGAUGCUGCUGAGCCGGCCAAGGAAGAAGAGGCAAAGCCUGCGGUAUCUACCGAGGAAGAGCCCUGGCCAGAACACUUCAACACGACUCUCGCGCCGUACCUUUCGGAACAAGCUAUCGCACAGCUAAAGGAGAUGUUCUUCCAAGGGCCGGAACCUCCCCUCGUCAGUGACAGCGGCUGGGCUGGCCGUCAGAAGAGGGAGGAAGGGGACAAACCCGAGGAAGCACCGGUUCCCGAGCCCGAGCCUGAGCAGUCAGGUCGCGGCGGCCGUGGGAGAGGACGUGGUCGCGGACGAGGAGGUCGUGGAGGACGCGCUGGUAGGGGUGGAGGACGAGGCGGACGCGAAGACACUCGCAAGGUCCUUACAGAGCCUCUCGCAGAGAAGACAACCCGCACCGAAUUGCACCAGAAGAUACGCGAGCUUUUCGGCGGCAAGCUCGACACCGCGACCGACUCCACACCCUCUGAAUCUGACGCCGCCCUGCGCAUCGUCAUCAAAUGGGGCCGCGGCGGACGCGGUGGGCGCGGUGGAGGUGGUGGUCGCGGAGGUGGGCGUGGCGGCCAGCGCAGCAACUUCCCGCCCUACAUCCACUUCACGCUGCAGAAGACGAAUCGCGACACGCAGGACGCGCUCGCGCAUCUGUCGCGCCUGCUUCACUGCAACGUCAAGGACCUCUCCGUCGCGGGCACAAAGGACAAGCGCGGCGUCACCGUGCAGCGCGUCUCGCUCAAGCGGAACGGGAAGCUCGUCGAGGAUGUAUGGAAGCUCGCGAAUGGCGUCGGUCGCGACAAGCCGGAGUCCGAGGCGGUAAAGCAGCGCGGGGAGCGGGGGAUCCGGGUCGCGGACCUGAAGUACAGCAAGGCGAGCCUCGAGCUCGGCAUGCUGAAGGGAAACGCAUUCGUGAUCACGCUACGCAAUGUCCAGGUCGACUCGAUGGACACGCUCGACAAGGCGAUGACCAUCGUGAAGGAGAAGGGCUUCAUCAACUACUACGGCAUGCAGCGCUUCGGGACGGCCAGUGUACCCACGCAUUCCGUUGGACUGGCGCUCUUGCGCUCAGAGUGGCAGCGCGCCGUCGACCUCAUCCUCCAGAAGCGCUCCGGCGAGCAUGCCGACAUCGCUGCGGCGCGCGAUGCGUUCCUCGUAGAUGGCGACGUCGAGAAGGCCCUCCAGAUGCUCCCGCGCCGUAUCGUUGCCGAGCGCUGCAUUCUUGAGAGCUACAAGAAGGAGAAGGAUACGCGCAAUGCGCUCGGGGCGCUCACGACGAUCCCCAAGAACCUACGUCUGAUGUAUGUGCAUGCGUACCAGUCGUAUGUCUGGAACGCCAUUGUGUCGGAGCGCAUCCGUACCUUUGGCGCCGACAAGCCCAUCCCGGGCGACCUCGUUCUGGACGUCCCGCCAGAAGAGCCGAAGAAGGCAGACGCAGAGGAGGAAGAGGCUCCGGCGAACGGCAAACGCUCCCGCAAGCCCUACGUCGCGCCCAAAAUCAAGGUCCUCACCGAAGCCGACGUCGACAACUACUCCAUCUUCGACGUCGUCAUGCCUCUUCCCGGCACCGACGUCUCCCUCCCCGGCGGACCCCUCGGCGCCCGCUAUCGCGAGUUCCUCGUCGCCGACGGCGUCGACCCCGAUAAUUUCCAUCGCAAGCAGAAGGAGUACAUCCUCGCCGGCUCCUAUCGCCACAUCCUCCACAAGCCCAAGGAGCUCACGUGGACGACGCUCCGGUACACGGACCCGGACGUCGCGCUCGCGCAGGCGGACGAGGACAAGUUGCUGGGCAUGGACCCGCCUGUGAUUGACGAGAAUGGCAAGUUCCUUGCUUUGCAGAUCAACCUGCAGCUCGGGACUGCGUGCUAUGCGACUAUGGCGCUCCGCGAGAUUACUAAGACGGACACGAGCACGCACUACCAGAGCAACCUCACCAGCGCAGCGGAAGAUCAGAAGUACCGCGGGACGGCGACUGCGGUGGAGGCGGAUGGCGAGGAUACGAUCAUGGGGGAGACCACGAAAGGUCAACAAGAGGAGGCGGCUGCGAUGGACGCAGAUGCAGCGGUGCAGGAUGAUGAGGCUGCGUAA